AUGGUUAUUAUAUCUUCUUCUCCGCCUCUCUCGUCUCUGAACAAAGCAACAAGGGGCAGCGAUGAACCAGAUCUGGAUCGACAAGAGCAACAAGGGGGCAGCAAUGAAAUCGAUCCUGAGUGCUAUGGAAGACGAUUACUGUGCAUGCAAGAUCCUGCACAAUAUAAAAAACGAGAACAGAUCUCUCCCUUGGUGAACUCGAGUGAGCCAGUUGAGUGA